CAACCCUAAUUUUGUCAAUCCAUAGUUUUUCAUUUCAGCCUCGUAUUACAUAUCUCUCUCUCUCUCCUCUCUGUUUAUAUCCCAAUCUUUCUCUCUCUCUCUCUAUAACCGCAUUUCUUCGUCACCGCCAACACACACCCAUUUUCAUCGAUCUAUCCGUCCCAUUUUUCUCUUCCGUUACAGGUGGAAUUAAAAGCUGCAGUGAUGUCUCCAGCAGCUAAGUCCAAGUCAAAGGAUAAAAAGGUGAGUAAGGAACCACCCAAAGUUGCUUCAAAGCCUUCAAGUGCAAAUGCAGGCACUGGGGUUCCCACCAGUGGAUACAAUCCUCUUUUGGGGACAUUUCAUGCACUUGACACAGCUCCCGUGACUUCAAAUGCUGCUCGUUUCAGAAACAUUGAUGAGACAGAUGACCUUAGUGGGCACUCUCAUGGAGCUGGUGGAGAGUAUGAAACUGUUUCCAAUAAUGGUAGCUGGUCCGGUGAGUCGGAGGACCAUAAAGAGAAAACUUCUAAUCUUCCUCUCCGACAAGAGACAUUACUUGGCGCUGAUAAUGACAAGCGGGAAAAAAUCCGCCAGAAAAACGAGAAGAAGCAUCAACGUCAGAAGGAGAGGCGAGCACAAGAGUUGCAUGAGAAGUGUAGUGGCUAUCUCAUGUCGAGAAAGCUUGAAGCACUAGCUCAGCAGCUUGUGGCUAUGGGGUUCUCCUCGGAACAGGCAACUAUGGCUCUUAUUCUGAAUGAAGGCAGAGUAGAAGAAUCAGUAGCAUGGUUACUUGAAGGAGGCGAAGAAGCAAACAAAGACAAGGAACACAAUCUUGAUACUGGGGGGAAUUUGAAAAUUGACAUAUCAGAAGAGCUUGCUCGCAUUGCGCACAUGGAAAUUAGCUAUAAGUGCUCCAAGCAGGAUGUUGAAAGAGCGGUAGUAUCCUGCGAGGGUGAUAUUGAAAAGGCUGAAGAGAUGUUGAGAUCACAAAAGCAGGAGCCCCCCUCUGUGCCGCCCAAGCCAGAAGAAACUGGGGAUCUGCUACCAGUUGGCCCCAGCCAAAACUUAACAAGAGUACCUGUAAAGCCUUCAUCAUCUAGUACAAUACCAGCAAAGAGAGAUGAUAAGGACUUCAAUUAUACUAAAGUUGUUUCCACAGCAGGGCCUUCAAUGGAUCCCGGGAGCAAAAACAUACCCUUGCUGAAAAGGGUUCAGCCAAAAUUGGACUGGGCCAAGCCACCUCAAGUGUCGGUAGCCGUUGACAAAAGGUGGCCAAAUGCAGGAUCAAAUCCGUCUGUUUCCUAUUCUUUGGCAUCUUCUUUGCAGGUGGCACCUCCAACUACCAAGACAGAACCCCGUUAUGUGGCUGUUGGAAAUGAAUUGAAGAAUCUACAGAUAGGAACUGUGAGAGAACCAGUUAUAGUCAUGCAACGACCCCAGUCUAUCAAUGCCAGGCACACUCCCACCUCAAAUGUAAGCUCAUCUCCCCCAGGAACAGCAGCGUCGUGGUAUCCUAAUAAUGUUGAAACAGUGACACCCAAUGGUAUGGUUUCGCAUAUUCCUGGCGCAAGAAGCCUGAGCUCGAGUGGUAUCAGCACUAACCAAUUGUACAACCAACUUCAUUAUCAACAACAGCAGCAGCCAGAACAAUUUGUUUCCAGCAAUGGCCCACUUGAAUCUCCAGGAACUAGCCGUGGAAAUGGUUUGUGGAAUAGGACUGGUGCAUCGCAGACACAAUCAAUUGUUGCAGCUUCCUCGCUUGGACUCUUCUCCGGGUUGGGCACCUAUGGUUCUUAUGGGGGGUCGUCUUCUGUUGACUGGACUAACGGUAGUUCAACGGUGCAUCUAGAUUACCAAAACAUAGACUGGAGUUUGAAUCCCGGUUUGUCAUCAUCGAGAACAGGCGGUAUGAGGCCAACAACGAAUCGUUUUAUGCAAAAUGAUGCUCGUAGAUAUGAUUCAUUUACACCUGGACACGCUGUAAGGUCUACCGUAAGGCCUGUUCUGGGCAAUGGGGUUGGUGUUGCGAUCCCCGGGUUGCAGGAUGGAGCGAGUGCAGCAGAAACUUCGGCGGGUGGUUCUCGGGAGUGGACUUCUCCCUUUGAAGAGAGAGACCUUUUUAGCUUACCAAGACAGUUUGUUUCUUCUCCCUCUCUGUAGUAGGGGUGUUGGGAGAGAAUUUGACUGAAUAAAAAGGUAAGAGAUGAAAAAAAGAGAACAGUAAAUGAGCUUGGAUUUAGUGUUGAUGUCGACUCUUAUGAUGCAUUUGCCCUCUUUGAUAUUGUGAUCAAUCAUAGUGAAAAAAGCAUACAGUCGUUUGGUUUAA